AUGAACCCGCACUACCACGGGUACGCGGAGCUGAGCUCGCCGCACCCGCCCUCGCCCGAGGCGGCGUUUUCGGCCAACGGGCACGACUAUCCACACAACAACAAUAACCCAGCACUGAAAGAAUGCGCUGGUUGCAACGGCAAGAUUGUCGAAAGGUUUCUGCUGCAGGCCCUCGACCGAUACUGGCAUCACGGCUGCCUCAAGUGUGCUUGCUGCGGGCAGGCCCUCGCCGACAUAGGCCGUUCCUUCUACUUCAAAGGUGGAAUGAUAUUAUGCAAAAGCGAUUACACAAGAAUGUUCGGUUCAGGUGGAGCGUGUGCGGCGUGUGGUCAGGCGAUCCCAGCGAGCGAGUUCGUUAUGAGGACGAAUGCGCCGCAGCAGCCUUUGCACGUCUUCCACAUAAAAUGUUUUGCGUGCUCCAAAUGUGGCUCACACCUUAUGCAAGGCGAUAGGUACUAUAUGCUCGCGGGUUCUUUAGUAUGCGAGCAAGACUGGCAAAAAUUGAUGAAGAGCGCGAAUGCGACAGGAGCGCCGGGCGCGCCUAUGCGCAAGAACAAGGUCGGCCGCCCGCGCCGCUCACGCGAAUGA